AUGGGCUACAUGUCUUUCCGCGAUGUCGGCAAACUUAUCUUCCCCAUUACCUCGAAGGAGCACAAGGCGAUGUGCGAUGCGACCUCGGAUGAGGAGGCUCGGUCGGUUCUGUAUAUCCUGCACUUCUCGGAGCCUUGUCCACAGUGUGGCUUUAGAAUCCAGCGUGAUUCAGAUUCAGCUGGAUGUCCCAGUGUCGUUUGCAGCAACUGCAAGGCACCCUUCAGGUGCUUUGUCGUUGGCAGGCCUUCAUUGGAGGGUCCUGGUGCCACAGCAGCAGACCGCUUUACGCUUUGCCGGUUGGUGGCAGCGCUCGCAUCUGCAGCAGAGAACUUGCAACUGGACCGAAAGAGAUUGGCCAACGAAGCUGGCUUCGAUCAGACGUGUCUGCGCGAAGCAUUUAACUACAUCUCCUCCGGUCGCCCAACCUUCGACACAGUGGACUUGAGACAGGCCUUCCGCGACCAACAGAUUCCGGUCCUGGAGAAGGAAAUGGACCUGCUUUGGCAACGCUAUUCGCCCAACUUUGGUGCUGGGGUGACUUGGGAGCACUUCCGGAACCAGUUGCGUUAUGAUCCCACGUGGACACUAGAGAGCUGCACUGCCACCAACAGGCUUCUCACAGCGGUCAUUCAGACCAUGGUGCGGCAAGCAGCUACUGAUGCGGGAGCUGAGGAUGCCAAGGCGCUGGGGCCAAAGGGUUGCCCCUUGAUGGCGCUAUUUGAGAGCUUGGAUCCUACCAGCAAGGGCUUCCUUUUGGAUAACGAUUUCUGGCACUUGGUGCAAGACUUCAACGCCCACACCAGCUUUGGCAGCCUCUGCACUAUGGUGCAAGAGGUGCAGCUCCGAAGAAGGUAUGAGUCGAGUCUACCGGGGCGUUUUUCCGUGCGUGAGUUUGGAGUAUUGAUAUACCCUUUUGACUCCAAAGAGUAUUUUGCUUUGCGUCCCUGCACCUCGGAUGAUGAUGCAAAGUCCCAGCUCUAUUUGCUACAGAAGAUCAAAAAGCAGGUGGCAGGACUUGUCAGCGCUGGAUCAAAGCUGCAGGUUUCCUCCAGUCUUCGGUCGGCAGGCUUAAAAGAUGGUGCAGAGGUCUCUGCCGUAUUGGGAGGCGAUGAUGUGACGGUGAAGGCUCACAAGUUUGGCUGGGGCUUUGGGGCCAUCAUCAACACCAGUUUGGCAAUCUGGGGUCAUGAGCUCUACUUCAAGUUGUCUCCAGAGCAGCGAAAGAGAACGGAGCAGGAUGUUUUGGAGCUCUUUUUCACUGAAACUGCUGUGGCUGCCAUCAAGGCUGAUGGUGAAGUGGUGACCUGUGGAGACGAUGGUGCUGGUGGGGACAGCCAUUUGGUGCAGAGUCAGUUGGUGGACGUCAUUUCAAUCUCGGGAACUUCUGGGGCUUUUGCCGCAGUGAGGGCUGAUGGGUCAGUGGUAUGCUGGGGCAAUCCGGAUGCUGGUGGUGACUGCAAGAAUGUGCAGGAUCAAUUGCAGAAAAUCCGGCAGGUGUUUUCUUGCCAAAAUGCAUUUGCUGCAGUAACUGAUACUGGCAGAGUAGUCACCUGGGGUCAGCCAGAUGAAGGUGGUGAUAGCAGCGCGGUGCAAAGUCAGUUGGUGGGUGUGAAACACAUUGUGGGCUCGGUACAUGCCUUUGCUGCUAUUCUUCGUGAUGGUUCCGUUGUGUCUUGGGGAGCCGACUAUGCUGGUGCUGAUAGCUCUCUCGUCAAGGAGAAGCUGACGAAGGUGAAAGCAGUGUAUGCCAGCAAAUUCGCUUUUGCGGCUUUGAAGGAAGACGGAACAGUGGUGACGUGGGGCCCUCCAGAACAUGGAGGAGACAGCAGCAACGUGCAAUCGCAGCUGGUUGGGGUGCACCACAUUGAAGCAACAAAGAGUGCUUUUGCUGCUAUCACGGUUCAGGCAGGAGUUGAGGCGUCCAAGAAUGCAAGUGAAGCUGCAGUGAAGGUGACACUCAAGAGCCGUGUGGUGACUUGGGGAGAUCAGCUGCAUGGAGGAGACAGCAGUGAUGUUCAGCAUCGGCUGGAUGAUAUCGUGCAGCUGAAAGCCACCAAGCAUGCCUUUGCUGGCCUGCGAUCAGAUGGCGAGGUAGUUGCAUGGGGAAGUGAGCUGUAUGGUGGUGAUGCAAGCAGUGUGCAGAACGACUUGGUAAAUGUGAAGGAAAUCUUCAGCAGCCAAUCCUCCUUUGCUGCCUUGCGAUCUGAUGGUGGCCUCACGGUUUGGGGUCACCAAGAUGAUCUGCUGUAUGAUGAUGAGUUGGUGGAAGCAGUGGGGUCCCACGUCCAAUAUGUGGCGACUUCAAAGCUGGCUAUGACCGCUGUGAAGGACGAUGGGACCUAUGUCACUUGGGGCAGCCCGGAUCAUGGAGGUUCUCAAUAGCAAACACCGGAAACACCCCGCAUGCUGCCCAUGCCAGCCAGCAGUGGGUGGCAGAUCUCAAAGAGCUCAGGACGUUUCACUGC